UGAAUGAAAAAUCUUGAGUUGUUGGGCAGAAAUUCUCAACUGUAGCUCUCAGAAGCUUAUUGGAAUCGCUUGAACUUGUCAGAGUGACUUGAAUGUGUUCUCUCUGUUUGAUGUGUCGGUCUGUGUUGGGAUAAAAAUCUGUGUUUAGACGUAAAAUGAGGAAAGCCGUUCUCCUGCUCACUUGGUCUGUGGUUGUGUGUCUCCUGUUGAGCUCCAGCCGGGCUGCCAGACCAGGACAGGACAUGAGAUGUGGAGCCUGCAGGGCUCUGGUUGAUGAGAUGGAGUGGGCUAUGUCCCAGAUAGAUCCCAAGAAAAUGAUCCAGACCGGCCCGUACAGGAUCAACCCGGACGGCAGUCAGUCCAUCAGAGAGGUUCCUCUGGUACGCUCAGAGGGGAACCUCCUUGAGAUGAUGGAGAGUAUCUGUGAGAGGAUGGAAGACUACGGAGAGCGCACCGAUCUUUCCACAAGUAGGAAGACUUACAUGAGGGUAAAAUCCCGGAACGGCGAGAGCAUGGACCUCUCCGAAGCCACACUGGACUCAAGAGUUACAUCCAGCUUAAAAUUUGCAUGUGAAACAAUUGUCGAACAGAAUGAGGAUGAAAUCAUUGAAUUCUUCGCUCAUGAAACGGAUAAUGUUAAGGACAGACUCUGCAGCAUGAGGACAGAUCUCUGUGACCACGCUCUAAACACUCCCCAUGAUGAACUUUGAUAUCUGCCCACCAGUUACUGUCUCUAUUCAGUCAAAAUGGAGCCAUUUGAUGAUUCAACUAUUUAUAACACAGCGAUGUUGCAACAUUUAUGCAAAUUCUUUUGAAAGAAAUUCUUUUUGUGGAACAUUAAGUAUCACUUUGGUAUGUUUAGAUCUAUCACGUUGUUCUUUAGAGCACAUUCAAGUCACUUAUGUAAUGUAGGUUAUCAUGUAUGUCCAUACUUUCUAUUUUGUGAAUGCUUUUGUCUUCCCCUCAAAUGCUUCUCAAUGGAUUAACUGAAACUGGGAAAUGGCAAAUUGCAAUGAGACUUGGCUGUAGAUCCAGGUUUUCUGAGUGGAAAUCAGGUUGAGUUUGGUAAAGUGUGUUUAUUCUUGCUCAUUGAGCAACUCUCAAUAGUGGCUGUUAAUGGCAGACACUGCCAUCUUUCCUCACUGAAAAGACACCUAAACUGCCAAUAUACAGUAAAUGUCAUUUGAUGCCAAAUUAUGCUUUCAUCUCCACCUUUGGAAGUGCAUUGUUAAUGCUCAUCGCUAUUUACGUUUCACAUUAAAUUGGUAUCUUAUUUGUUGGUUAAAAAAAUUUAUCAAGAGAUGUCCUAUAACUUAAUUCAAAAGAUUGUCAAAUUUCAGAAAUUAUGACACAGGUUUUCAUUUUGUAUUUGCUUCUUUUUUCUAAAAUACACAAAUUGUAAGAGAGGAUCAUUGUGACUUGUGGUU